UAAAAAUCGUAUUGUUUCAGAUUUUCAAGCUAAAUAAGUAGUUGAUAAAAGCAAAUCCUACGAUACGUGUUAAAUAAAAUCAAAUAAAAUUAGGACACAGAUGGGAAUUUCAUAAUAACGUAAAAAUGCGAGAGAAUAAGUAGACUUUUGGAGCUCACUACUAGCAGACGUUUUCUUGAGCAAAUUUCAAAACAACAAAUCGGAGCAAUAUUCAGCAAUAAGUAUUACACCCAUUUGGAACCAGCGCUGUGGUGUGCAGCAGCAAUCCACAUUGCAGGAGGAUUUAAACAUUUCAGCCAAAAGUUACAAAGAACAAGAAGAAGAGUGCGUGCAGUGGUUGUGGCGCUUCGCAGUGUUUGCGCGAGGGAAGCCAUUGUAAGCAAGUAAAUGCAGCAUUAACAAGUAUACGAAGAAAGAAUGAAGGAAGACACGAUGUAGACACGCGAGCCGAGCAUAAGUCGGCUUAAGUAUUACUUAAGUGGUAGGUGGUACGUGAGUUUGCACCCGAAUACCCGAUCUUCACUUGCAACCUGCGCAGUGUAUAUAUAGCGCUCAGGCGGCUCAGGCUCAGCUUGGCCCUUGAAACUUGGAACAGGAUUUUUGUCGGAGAAACUAUUCAAGUUGAGAACCUUAAUCUUCUCUUGGCAUAUUUCAGCUCCUUCGUGUCAAAUACAAAUGUGCAGUGGCACUCAAUCCCGGAGGUUGUCGUGAAUAUAAUAUCUUGCCGACUGGUGUUGAUCGUACAGAGACAACCAAUAGCCAUGACGUUAAAUAAUAGCUAUUUUGUCAUGCCAUUAAAUAUGGACAGAGCUUGUAGAAUUUGCUUGAUGGAAAAUACAAACUUACAACCCAUUUUUUGUAGUAGACAAACCAUAGAUGGCAACCUAGAUUUGCCACAAAAGAUUCAACUUUGUGGGGGUGUUGAUUGCCAGGAACAGGAUGGCUUACCUACUCUUAUUUGUGGCGUCUGUAUGUAUAAAGCAAAUAUUGCCUUUGAAUUCAGACAAUUGUGCCAACACUCUGAUGCUAGACUAAGGAUGUAUUAUAAUAAACCAGCUAAAUUCAAUAGUGCCACUGAUUCUGGUACACAGACUGACUUGCAAACACAGGUUCUUUUGACAAAGUCUGAUGAAGGAUUGCAGGAAAGUUAUUAUGUAAAAGAAGAAACAAUGAAUGGUCAGCAGUUCCAUAAUUCAAUCGCAAGUGGAGAGUAUCAUUCAGAAGCGCAAACUAAUGCGGUUGUUACUUCAAUUGCAGCAAGCAUAUCCACAGUUAAUGUAAAUAAUAUUUCGGUUCCGGAACAAAAACUUUUCGAUUGCCAUCUGACUUUUGAUGAACAAUCCAAAGAUAUUUCUAAAAAUUCAGAAACGAUUCCCUGCAAUACACAGUCAGUAAAUUGUGGUCAGGAAUUAAUUCCUGUUAACGUAAAUUUAAUCAAUGGCGUUUGCGGUAUAGAUACAGGUAUUAGUGUUGUAGAUGACGUGAAAAACAAUGUUAAUUAUUAUUAUAUGGAGAAAGAUCAAACUCUUACAGAAGAUACCAACUUGCAAAAACAAGGAUUGGAUGAUAAGUCAAAGAGCAUGGAAAAUGACCAAUUUACUAGUGAAGAAAUUGAAGAUGAUUAUUUUGUUGAAGAUACGGAAAAUCAAACCCAAGAAGAGAAAAAGUAUAAGUGCAAGUCGUGUCCAAAAACUUACACCACUCAGCUUGGCUGUAGGAAACAUCAGUUGACACAUGAUAAACAGUAUAAGUGCGAAACUUGUUUCAAAACAUUUUGUAAGCUUGAAAAUUUUGAAAAACAUAAGCCUAUUCAUAAUACGAAGCCUUAUGCCUGCCAUAUGUGCAGUACCUGUUUUUCAAAACCUGAAAGUCUUGAUGCACAUAUCAAGUCGCACAUCGAAAAAGAUAACUAUUUUAAGCAAUUGAAUUCUGAUAAUCCAAUAAGUGAGUCUAAUGAAAAGAUUAAUUGCAAAAGUGAAGAUUCAGAUGAUGAAAAUGGAAAUCAAUCUAUUGAUUUGGAAAGUGCUACAAAAAACUUUAAAUGUGAAGAAUGUGGCCAAUACUGUUCGUCGUUGAAAAAUUUAAAACGUCAUACUCUCAUACACGGGGAAAAAAAAUACUCUUGUACAGUUUGUAAGAAAUGGUUUUUCCGACCCGACACGUUGAAGAAGCAUGCCGAAAAACACGGGCAUGGACUGCUCGACAAUAUGUCCGACAGCAAUAAAUUGUAUGAAUCCGAUGAUGAUGUAUUUCCGAGUGUAGAUAGCAUUAAAUCGGAUAGUGGUAACAAUUGCAAGAAAGAAGAAAGCGAGGACGAGAACAGUGGAGAGUACAAAUGCCAACAUUGCGACAAAGUAAUGACAACCAAGAAGGGCUUACGAAGGCAUGUCGCUAUGCAUAAGCCAAAGCCAGAGCCAGCAGUUUGUGAAGUCUGCAAGAAAGUUUGUGCCAGUCGAGCGCGACUGGCUCUGCAUCAAAAAAUUCACAGCAAGCCCAAGGAGAAAGUGCCAAGAGAGUAUCUCUGCCACAUUUGCAGCAAAGUAUAUCCCAGUAACUCGUCGCUCACCUACCACAUGCGAACUCAUACCGGAGUCAAGCCUCACGUCUGCAAAACCUGCAACAGUGGUUUUACCACUACCACGAGCUUGGCCAACCAUAUCCGCAUCCAUACCGGGGACAAGCCUUUUGUUUGCCAUGUAUGUAGUGCGGCAUUUGCCGUGAGCUCGGCGUUCAGGCGCCACCUGACUCGUCACACCGGUGAAGCCAAUUACCAUUGCAAGACGUGCGGCAAGGCUUUUAAACGAUUGAGUACGCUAAAAGAGCAUACGUACACGCAUUCUGGAGAGAAGCCCUACGUCUGUAAGACCUGCAAUGCGGCGUACAGCCACAGUGGCAGUCUCUUUGCUCACCAGAAGCGUUGCAGAGCCACAGAAAUGAUUGCUGAAAGUAACCAGAACUCUGAUGAUGUUCAUGUUAACAAUGUGCAAUCCGCUGUGCGGUCGCUUCCUGUGAUAAACGAGAUAUUCUGAGGGAAUCUCAAAUCAAUUUGUGUCUCGACAGAUGACGCGCUAACGAAUUUUAAUUAUUCGUUUCCUACGACUGAAAU